ACCCGGCGCACUCAGCCUUCUCGUCUUUUCAGCUGCCACUCCAGGGUAAAGCCAUGUCCUUUGGUGCCAUGAAUGCGGGCAAGGCGGACUAUGCCCUACCAAGCGCUCCGAGCGACGGCGUCAGCGACAUCACAUUCAGUCCCACAGGGAAUUUGAUCACAGCUGGCUCUUGGGACAACGGAGUGCGAGUGUGGGAGCUGCAACGCGGCUACGGCACACAGCCGAUUACGGCGGUGCCCAAAGCACAGAUCAACCACGACGCGCCGGUCCUGUGCACAGACUUCUCCGCGGACGGCACCAAGGUUUUUUCGGGGGGAGCCAGCAAGCAGGUUAACAUGUGGUCAUUGGGUCAGCCGGGAACGACGGGGCAGCAGAUCGGCGUGCACGACGCGGCGGUAAAGACUGUUCGCUUCAUCCCUGAGAUGAACCUCGUCGCGAGUGCUUCUUGGGAUCGUACCGUCAAGUUUUGGGACACUCGAACGUCGACCCCCGCCGCCGUCGUGACUCUCUGCGAGAGGGCUUACUCCAUGGACACGAAGGGAGCCAUGAUGGUGGUCGCCACUGCUGACCGGAAGAUUUGCGUGUACAACCUGGGGAGCUGGACCACCAACGGCCCGGCCCCGCAAACGAUGACCGACUCCCCUCUAAGAUAUCAAACCAGGUGCGUGUCCAUCUUCCCAGACCAGCAGGGGUUCGCCGUAGGCUCCAUCGAGGGGCGAGUGGGCAUCGAGUACUUCAGCGAGCAGGCUGCCAAGCAGCAAGCGGCUUCGGGCUACAAGCCUGCCACCACCUACGGGAACACCAAGCUCAGCUUCGCCUUCAAGUGCCACCGAGUCGCGGGCGCGCAAUCGUCGGUGUACUCGGUGAACUCAAUCGCCUUCCACAAGUACGGCACCUUCGCCACCGCCGGCUCCGAUGGGAACUUCCACUUCUGGGACAAGGACUCGAGGCAGCGCCUCAAGGCUUACGACCUCAAGCAAGGGAACACCAUCUCGGUGUGCAAGUUCAGUCCUGACGGCGGUCUAUUUGGGUACGCGAUGAGCUACGACUGGUCCCAGGGUGUGGAGCACGCCAACCCCCAGGCGACGAACAACAUCUUCGUGCACGCGGUCGCGGACGACGAGAUUAAGCCCAGACCAAAGGACAAGAAGUAGUUAAUCCUGAUUUGUGAUGUGUAGCUGGUGCUGUAAACUUGUUUUUGUUCUUGUUCUUGCAGUUUAUGUAGCCGACUUUGGCCGAAGCGUUCGCGUCCGUUAGUAAUCUGUUUCUUGAAAACGUUUUAUUUUUUUGUGUCUCGAGUGAUUUAAGAAAAGUUGCCUCGAAGAAAUCCGUUGUAGCAAAUCAAGUUUUUGGGCUUGUAGCAGGGAAGUUGUGAGAGACAACGAGGCGGUGGAUGCAUUGUCGGGAGCUUGAUCUGCAUUCCUUCCAGAGUAUGAACCCAUGCAUGCACCAUUGUGCUGCGGCAGCCGUUGUGUGGCACGUUGCUUUUUCUCAUAUGCUACGUACUGCGGAGUGUUGAGGAAGACAGUGGAGGCACUAGAAUUUUUCUCGUUGCUGAAACCAUCGCGCCUGCUGCGGGUCGCACGAAAAGUGUACGAAGAGAAGCCUUCCUUUGACACUGACGAAACUGCAGGAGGGGCGAUCGGUGCAUGGGACAACGCUACGUUUUGCCGCAGUCGGGGGCUUAGUGUCAACCCGGAAGUCCAUCGUGUUUCUGUUUACAUGGAGAGGCUAAAUGACCUUGGGGCGGCAACCGCUGCUACUUUACUCCCAAGUUGUUCUCGCGCUUUGGCACCGUUGGUGGCGUCCGCUUCAUGCCUACAGUACAUUUGCGCUGCGGUCGGAAUCCAGAGUGUUUUGGCGGGGGAAAGAGAAAGGGCUUCCCUUGUGACCCCAUCAGAAAGACCAACCUUAAAGCAAGGCGCCGCUUGUUGCUGCGCGUUUGACUGGCAGUUUCGCCUCGACAGAUCGCUGUCGUGGAGGGGCUCUAAUAUCAUCAAGUGCUUUUUU